AGGAACUAGUCCUCUUCUAGAUUCCUUUUAAUUCGGAUCUUUUCUUCCAUAACUUAUUUCAGGAAAAUGGCAUCUCACAUCGUUGGUUAUCCCCGUAUGGGUCCAAAAAGGGAGCUGAAAUUUGCUCUUGAAUCUUUUUGGGAUGGUAAAAGUAGUGCAGAUGAAUUGCUAAAAGUGGCUUCAGAUGUUAGAUCAAACAUCUGGAAACAGAUGGCUAAUGCUGGCAUCAAAUACAUCCCUUCGAACACUUUCUCUUACUAUGAUCAAGUGCUUGACACCACCGCCAUGCUCGGUGCUGUCCCCUCAAGAUACAACUGGAAGAGCGGUGAGAUUGGUUUCGACACUUAUUUCUCGAUGGCCAGAGGAAAUGAAUCUGUCCCUGCUAUGGAAAUGACCAAAUGGUUCGACACCAACUACCAUUACAUUGUCCCGGAGCUGGGCCCUGAUGUAGCAUUCUCUUAUGCUUCUCACAAGGCUGUAUCUGAAUUUAAAGAGGCCAAGGCUCUUGGAGUAGAUACUGUCCCUGUCUUGGUUGGCCCUGUCAGCUACUUAUUGCUAUCUAAACCUGCAAAAGGUGUUGAGAAGACCUUUAAUCUGUUAUCCCUUCUAGACAAAAUCCUCCCAGUCUACAAGCAAGUCGUAACUGAGUUAAAGGAAGCCGGUGCUUCAUGGAUCCAGUUUGACGAGGCUACCCUUGUUAAGGAUCUUGAACCCCACCAAUUGGAAGCUUUCACCAAGGCUUACUCUGAACUAAACUCAGCAUGCUCGGGUCUUAACGUUCUUGUUGCAACCUACUUUGCCGAUAUUACUUCUGAUGCAUUCAAAACCCUCACAUCGUUGCCAGCAGUGACGGGUUACACUUUUGAUUUGGUCCGUGGUAAAAAGACUCUUGAUUUGAUCAAGAGCAGCUUCCCAUCGGGCAAAUACCUCUUUGCUGGAGUUGUUGACGGAAGGAACAUCUGGGCUAAUGAUCUUGCUGAAUCUCUAAGUAUUCUCGAUUCUCUUCAGGGUCUUGUGGGCAAAGACAAGCUUGUCGUGUCAACCUCCUGCUCACUCCUCCACACUGCUGUUGAUCUUGUAAAUGAGACGAAGCUGGAUGAUGAAAUCAAAUCUUGGCUAGCAUUUGCUGCUCAAAAGAUUGUUGAAGUCAAUGCUUUGGCUAAGGCCUUGGCCGGUAAAAAAGACGAGGCAUACUUCUCGGCUAAUGCGGCUGCUCAUGCUUCAAAAAAGUCCUCUCCAAGAGUCACGAAUGAAGCCGUCCAAAAAGCUGCUGAUGGUUUGAAGGAUUCUGCUCAUCGACGUGCCACCAAUGUUAGUGCUCGAUUGGAUGCCCAACAGAAGAAACUCAACCUUCCGCUACUUCCCACCACCACCAUCGGUUCUUUCCCUCAAACCAACGAUAUCAGGAGAGUUCGUCGCGAGUACAAGGCUAAGAAGAUCACAGAGGAGGAUUACAUUAAAGCCAUGAAGGAGGAAAUCAGUGAAGUGGUGAAGCUACAAGAAGAACUUGAUAUUGAUGUGCUAGUCCAUGGAGAACCAGAGAGGAACGACAUGGUUGAGUACUUCGGUGAGCAGUUGUCGGGUUUUGCCUUCACCGCUAAUGGAUGGGUGCAGUCUUACGGGUCUCGUUGUGUGAAACCACCAAUCAUCUACGGUGAUGUUAGCCGUCCCAAGGCCAUGACCGUCUUCUGGUCCUCCACGGCUCAAAAAAUGACCAAGCGCCCAAUGAAGGGUAUGCUCACCGGGCCUGUCACCAUCCUCAACUGGUCAUUUGUUCGUAACGACCAGCCCAGAUUUAAAACUUGCUACCAGAUUGCUUUGGCCAUCAAAGAUGAAGUGGAGGAUCUUGAGAAGGCUGGAAUUAAGGUCAUCCAAAUCGACGAGGCUGCUUUGCGAGAAGGUUUGCCGCUCAGGAAAGCCGAGCAUGCUUUCUACUUGGACUGGGCUGUCCGUGCUUUCAGAAUCACCAACGUCGGCGUCCAGGACUCUACCCAGAUCCACACCCACAUGUGCUACUCAAACUUCAAUGACAUCAUCCACUCCAUCAUCGACAUGGAUGCUGACGUGAUCACCAUCGAGAACUCGCGAUCCGACGAGAAGCUGUUGUCGGUGUUCCGUGAGGGAAUCAAGUACAGUGCCGGAAUUGGUCCUGGUGUAUACGACAUCCACUCGCCAAGAAUACCAUCCAUGGAGGAAAUUGCGGAGAGAAUCAACAAAACGCUCGCGGUUUUGAAUAGGAACGUUUUGUGGGUGAACCCUGAUUGCGGACUUAAGACCCGUAAGUACGCUGAGGUAAAGCCUGCACUUUCGCACAUGGUUUCGGCCGCCAAGAAGAUCCGCACCGAUCUCAAGUGACCGCAGGCUGGUUCGACGGGUUAGAAUGGCAAUUAGGCUUCUUUUGCUUUGGUUCUUAUGUUUCAAUAUAUCUAUUGUUUUGUAGUGCAGAGGGUUUUUAUUAAUGGA